GCAGUUUCCUGCCUGGGCGCGGCGGUGUCCGCCCCGGCCCGCGGCGCAGCGCAGAGGAGAAAGGCGAUAGGAGGCAGCAGCUGGCCUCCCACCACCCUAAAAAUAAUCCACCCGCCGCGGCCGGCCGACCAGGGAGGAAACCUUGUCAUCCCACGGAGUGCUGGAGCUCCUCGGCUUGCUACAGAGCGAUCACCAACCUCUUUGAGGAGUCACUGGCUGAGUUCGGUGUACUGGUUUGAAAUUUACAUCUUCAGACUGUGGGCAGGCGUUUGGAAGGUAGCGCAAGUGGCCGGUAGGGGGACCGCGUACAGGAGCCAAACUCAAGGCUAAUCAAAUAAGAAGAAAUGAGUCUCUCUUUUUGUGGGAACAACAUCUCCUCAUAUAACAUCUAUUAUGGUGUUCUCCAAAACCCCUGCUUUGUGGAUGCACUCAACCUGGUCCCUCAUGUCUUCCUAUUGUUUAUCACCUUCCCAAUAUUGUUCAUUGGAUGGGGAAGCCAAAGCUCAAAAGUGCAAAUUCAUCACAACACAUGGCUUCAUUUUCCCGGACAUAAUCUGAGAUGGAUUCUGACGUUUGCGCUCCUCUUUGUCCACGUCUGUGAAAUAGCAGAAGGCAUUGUCUCAGACUCGCGGCGGGAGUCCAGGCAUCUCCACCUUUUCAUGCCAGCUGUGAUGGGAUUUGUUGCCACUACAACGUCCAUCGUGUAUUAUCAUAAUAUUGAAACAUCAAACUUCCCCAAGUUACUUUUAGCUUUAUUCCUGUAUUGGGUGAUGGCCUUUAUCACAAAGACCAUAAAGCUGGUCAAAUACUGGCAGUUGGGGUGGGGAGUGUCAGAUCUGCGCUUCUGCAUCACAGGUGUGAUGGUCAUCUUGAAUGGACUGCUGAUGGCUGUGGAGAUCAAUGUCAUCCGGGUCAGAAGAUAUGUUUUCUUCAUGAAUCCUCAGAAAGUGAAGCCUCCAGAAGACCUCCAGGACCUGGGUGUGAGGUUCCUCCAGCCAUUUGUGAAUUUAUUGUCCAAAGCUACAUACUGGUGGAUGAACGCACUGAUCAUAUCUGCUCACAGUAAGCCUAUUGAUCUGAAGGCGAUCGGAAAGUUGCCAAUAGCAAUGAGGGCGGUGACAAAUUACGUUUGCCUGAAGGAAGCCUAUGAAGAGCAAAAGAAAAAAGUUGCAGACCAUCCGAAUCGGACCCCAUCCAUAUGGCUGGCCAUGUACAGAGCUUUCGGGAGACCAAUCUUGCUGAGCAGCACAUUCCGAUACUUGGCUGACUUGCUCGGGUUUGCUGGUCCUCUGUGUAUUUCCAGAAUAGUCCAAUGUGUGAAUGAAAUCAAGAAUGGGACGACUAACAUAACAGGAAAUUCAGAGACACUCUCAUCGAAGGAAUUUCUGGAGAACACCUAUGUGUUGGCAGUCCUGCUCUUCCUGGCCCUUAUCCUGCAAAGGACGUUUUUGCAGGCUUCCUACUAUGUGACCAUAGAGACUGGCAUCAACCUCCGUGGGGCUCUGCUGGCUAUGAUAUACAAUAAAAUCCUUCGGCUCUCUACUUCUAACCUAUCCAUGGGUGAGAUGACCCUGGGACAGAUCAACAACUUGGUUGCCAUAGAAACCAAUCAGCUCAUGUGGUUCUUGUUCCUGUGUCCUAAUCUGUGGGCCAUGCCUGUCCAGAUCAUAAUGGGGGUGAUCCUGCUGUACAAUCUGCUUGGAUUAAGUGCGCUGGUUGGCGCCGGGGUCAUCGUGCUUCUCGCGCCCAUUCAGUACUUCAUCGCCACGAAGCUCGCUGAGGCUCAGAAGAGCACUCUGGAUUAUUCCACCGAGAGGCUGAAGAAGACAAAUGAGAUACUGAAAGGCAUCAAACUCCUCAAGCUGUACGCCUGGGAGCACAUCUUCUGCAAAAGCGUGGAAGAGACGAGAAUGAAGGAGCUCUCCAGCCUCAAAACCUUCGCGCUCUACACGUCACUCUCCAUCUUCAUGAAUGCAGCAAUUCCCAUCGCGGCUGUUCUUGCAACAUUUGUGACACACGCAUAUGUCAGUGGGAACAGCCUGAAGCCCGCAGAGGCCUUUGCCUCUCUGUCUCUCUUCCACAUCCUUGUCACCCCCCUCUUCCUGCUGUCCACAGUGGUCCGGUUUGCGGUCAAAGCCAUCAUCAGAGUGAGUGGCGUCAACAGAAGUGCCAGACCAUUAUAUGUCCCAACUCGGGUUUCCCAGGAACACCGAAAGGCAAUGACAUUCCAGUGUGAUCUGGCUCUCCUGCAUUUGCUUAGUGCUCUGGGAAUCAGUGCCAUCUCAAAUGCAGCUCUGAGCCUCGGCUUCAACUUCUGUCCUUUUCUAUUUGGAACACAGCAAUCAAAACCAAUAAACAGGAAGCAGCCUGGAAGAUACCACCUGGACAGCUAUGAGCAAUCUCGCCGUCUUCGGCCAGCAGAGUCAGAGGAUAUUGCAAUCAAGGUGACAAAUGGAUACUUUUCAUGGGGCAGUGGUUUAGCUACAUUAUCCAAUAUUGACAUUCGAAUUCCAACAGGUCAGUUAACCAUGAUUGUGGGCCAAGUGGGGUGUGGGAAAUCGUCUCUUCUCCUCGCCAUCCUCGGUGAGAUGCAGACCCUGGAAGGGAAAGUUUACUGGAGCAAUGUCAAUGAAUCUGAGCCUUCCUUUGAAGCAACCCGAAGAAGCAGGUAUUCCGUGGCCUAUGCUGCCCAGAAGCCCUGGCUCCUAAAUGCUACGGUCGAGGAGAACAUCACUUUUGGAAGUCCUUUCAACAGACAGAGGUACAAAGCUGUCACUGAUGCCUGCUCUCUUCAGCCAGAUAUUGAUUUGUUACCCUUUGGAGACCAGACUGAAAUUGGAGAGAGGGGCAUCAACCUGAGUGGGGGUCAGAGGCAAAGGAUCUGUGUGGCACGGGCACUCUACCAAAACACUAACAUUGUCUUCUUGGACGACCCAUUCUCUGCCCUGGACAUCCACUUGAGCGAUCACUUGAUGCAAGAAGGAAUUCUCAAGUUUCUCCAAGAUGACAAGAGGACGGUGGUUCUCGUGACUCACAAGUUGCAGUACCUGACACACGCUGACUGGAUCAUAGCCAUGAAGGAUGGGAGUGUGUUAAGAGAAGGGACCUUGAAAGACAUUCAGACCAAAGAUGUGGAGCUUUAUGAACACUGGAAAACUCUCAUGAAUCGACAGGAUCAAGAAUUAGAAAAGGACAUGGAAGCAGACCAAACAACGUUAGAGAGGAAGACACUCCGAAGAGCCAUGUAUUCAAGAGAGGCCAAAGCGCAGAUGGAGGAUGAAGAUGAAGAGGAAGAAGAGGAGGAAGAUGAGGAUGAUAACAUGUCAACUGUAAUGAGGCUCAGGACGAAGAUGCCCUGGAAAACCUGUUGGUGGUACCUCACCUCAGGAGGGUUUUUCUUGCUCUUCCUCAUGAUCUUCUCUAAGCUUUUGAAGCACUCAGUGAUUGUGGCUAUAGACUACUGGCUGGCUACAUGGACAUCCGAGUACAGUAUAAACCACAGUGGGAAAGCUGACCAGACGUUCUACGUGGCUGGGUUCAGCAUUCUCUGCGGAGCUGGCAUCUUCCUUUGCCUGGUCACCUCCCUCACUGUAGAAUGGAUGGGCCUCACAGCUGCCAAGAACCUCCACCACAACCUCCUGAAUAAGAUAAUUCUUGGGCCAAUAAGGUUCUUUGAUACCACACCCCUGGGACUGAUUCUCAACCGGUUUUCUGCUGAUACUAAUAUCAUUGACCAGCACAUCCCUCCAACCUUGGAGUCGCUGACCCGCUCCACUCUGCUCUGCUUGUCCGCUAUCGGGAUGAUCUCCUACGCGACACCCGUGUUCCUGGUCGCCCUUGUGCCCCUUGGCGUUGCCUUUUAUUUCAUCCAGAAGUACUUCCGAGUCGCUUCUAAGGAUCUCCAGGAACUUGAUGACAGCACCCAGCUCCCCCUGCUUUGCCACUUCUCAGAAACAGCUGAAGGGCUCACUACCAUCCGGGCCUUCAGGCAUGAAACCAGAUUCAAGCAACGCAUGCUGGAGCUGACAGACACGAACAACAUUGCCUACUUAUUUCUCUCGGCUGCCAACAGAUGGCUGGAGGUCAGGACGGACUACCUUGGAGCUUGCAUUGUCCUCACAGCAUCCAUCGCAUCCAUUCGUGAAUCUUCCAGUUCUGGACUAGUGGGUUUGGGUCUUCUGUAUGCCCUCACGAUAACCAAUUAUUUGAAUUGGGUUGUGAGGAACUUGGCUGACUUGGAGGUCCAGAUGGGUGCAGUGAAGAAAGUGAACAGUUUCUUGACUAUGGAGUCCGAGAACUAUGAAGGCACCAUGGAUCCCUCUCAAGUCCCAGAACAUUGGCCACAGGAAGGCGAGAUCAAGAUUCAUGAUCUCUGUGUCAGAUAUGAAAAUAAUCUGAAGCCCGUUCUGAAACACGUCAAGGCUUACAUCAAACCUGGGCAGAAGGUGGGCAUCUGUGGUCGAACUGGCAGUGGGAAGUCAUCCUUAUCUCUGGCGUUCUUCAGAAUGGUCGACAUAUUUGAUGGAAAGAUAGUCAUUGAUGGGAUAGACAUUUCCAAACUGCCCCUGCACACACUGCGCUCUAGACUGUCCAUCAUUCUCCAGGACCCGAUCCUGUUCAGUGGCUCUAUCCGGUUUAACUUGGACCCUGAGUGCAAGUGCACGGAUGACAGGCUCUGGGAGGCUCUAGAAAUUGCCCAGCUGAAGAAUAUGGUGAAAUCUCUGCCGGGAGGUUUAGAUGCCACUGUCACUGAAGGUGGGGAGAACUUCAGCGUCGGGCAGAGGCAGCUGUUCUGCUUGGCCAGGGCCUUCGUGAGAAAGAGCAGCAUACUCAUCAUGGACGAGGCCACAGCCUCCAUUGACAUGGCCACGGAAAACAUUUUGCAGAAAGUAGUAAUGACAGCCUUUGCGGACCGCACAGUCGUGACCAUAGCUCACCGAGUUCACACCAUUCUGACUGCAGACCUGGUCAUCGUGAUGAAGCGAGGGAACAUUUUGGAAUAUGACACUCCAGAAAGCCUCUUGGCCCAGGAAGAUGGAGUGUUUGCCUCAUUCGUUCGUGCCGACAUGUGAAGGGAUGCCUUGCAGUCCUACCUGGAUUGAAAUGCCUGCCGUCAGCACACCCAAGGAGCUUCACCUUGGCCUUCACAGGGCGGCACCAUAAACUUCAGCAGAUUUUUGUAUGAAAGUUGAGGUUUCUGUUUCCUGUUUUGGUUUAACAGUUUCCUGAGAGACACUUCUUGUAGGUUCAUCAUUGGGUUAUUUUUCUAAUGAUCAGGCCGGGUUAGAAUAGCAGGCUAUGUUAAAACACGCAAGUAAAUCAGUUUGAGUUAAGUCCGGUCAAUGCCUGUCAAACACGGGGGUUGAAAUGAGUAAUCUGCGUUACCACACUCUCCCCGGGAGGGCUGACCUUGCCUUGCUGUUGGGACGCCCAUGUAGGAAGAGAGUAAAAGAAAUUCAUUUUCUAACGAAAUACUAAAGUUCAUGAUCUACCUUAGGAGAAUAUUUUUAUGCUUUUUUUUACUUUUCCCCUUUUUAAUAAUUUCUUGUCACCAAGAAUUAUGCAUUUUUAGUACCUCUGUAAAGCCAACCUCUUACGAGAGAAAGAUUGUGACAUGAGGUUGAAUAUUUGAAAACAUUGUACCUGUUUCCACUUUCCUCUGUCCAAUAAGAGAAAGUUCAAGUUAGGUUCAGUCCUCUAGCAAUAGGACAGUUAAGCUUUCUGGAGUUUAAUUCUUUAUCAGCAAGGUAAUGAUUCUGAACCCUGAAGUGCUACAUUAUAUAUAGAAUAUAGGUAAAUGGCCUUAUCCAUCACACACACACACACACACACACACACACACACACACACACAUUCAUGCCACAUCUUAGCUGUAUGUUAAUCUUGGCAAGUGCACAUUCCUCAAGGGUACCAAAUAUUCCCUACAAUAUAUUUCUGUGGGAGGGUUACAUAAAUAGUGAGUUUUUACUUCUACUUGGCAGAUUUCACCUGUAGACAUUGAUGAAAUACAUGUGACCAUUUGUCCUGUUCUAAUUUUAGUGCACAAGAGUGUACCAGAAAUCUGUAGGGUAUAAGUGUCCUGUUUCACUUACAUACUAGUUAAUAAAGUCAAACUUACUGAACAUUAGCUUCCCUGUUAUCCUAGCUACCACAGUUUCUGUAACUCUUGCCCACCUGAUACAAGCAUUGCUGAGUUUCAUAUAAGGGUUUUCACACAUUGUAAGAUCUCAAAGACACAUAAUUGAUGGGGAAUGCAUUUGUCUCAAGACUUAAAAUUCUUGUGGAUCAGGAUAUAUCCAGAUGUCUUCAUAGAUACAGAACCAUAGUGUAAGAAGUUCAUAAUGAUGGACAAAAAUGGUUCGGAUUACUUUGCUUAAACCACCAGCUCUUGUCCCACAUAUAAGACUUCAUUAGGAGAAAAUAAUAGUAUUAUCUGCAAAAAACCAGUAGAUCACAGUCAUUAUCGAUAAAUUCAAUCUCAAAAGUGCUUCAUAAAAAUUGACUAAUCUACUAAAAUACUGCUCGUUUGAACAAUUCUGUUGGGGCUGAAUAUCCAUGAUGUUUGUUACCAAGUCACACCUUCUUCUUGCACAGAAAGGUUUGCUAUAGACAUGGCCCCUUCUGGUGUAAAACUACACUAUCCUGCACACAAGUGAGCAUCUACAGGUUACUCUUUACUACUCCUUGUUAUGUUUAUUCUAUUUAUUCUCAGUAUAUUAAAUUUGUUUAUUAUGUACACUGUAAGUUUACUCUCUAUAGUACAUGAGAACAUAUUGGCUUAUCUUACAUAAUAAACUAGUCUUUUGUUUACUCAAUUA